CUUGAUUUACACUCUAAAAUCCUAUUAGGAUUAGCUGAAGUACUAGCUGACUCUCGAACAAAAGCAACCUCCGAUGAAAUUGAGACAUUAGUAAACAAGUGUCCUGUUGUUCCUCUUGAAGAAGGCACAGAUAUUCUUUCACGGCACGAGGCUCCGGGCUUGGGAAAGAUGACCCUACAAAGUCAACAAACCAUUGCAGCACUAGUAAAAUAUACAGUAAAGACCAACCGAGAACAACAAUUAGAGUUAUUACCUCGACUUCUGUCUUACAUGCGACAUCUACCUGCUUUCCAUUGGGAUCCAGUCAUUCUGAAUAAUACAAUCACAUUCAGUUUGGUAUCCGGUCUUUUAGAAAUUGCACACAAGUGUCCUGAUCACUAUGAAAAAAUUGCAAAUAUUUUGUGGCGAUACUCUGAAAGUAUUGUUCAAUCCAUGCCAGAAAAUACCGAAUUCACUGUCUCUUUUAUUUUGCCUUCUUUAAAUGGUCUUUCAAGAGCACUUCAACUUUCACCUUUUCUCUGCAAAACCGAGCAAUUGCUUGCGUUAUGUCAACGUAUUCAACCACUUAUUAGUGACAAAACAAUGGAUUUAAUUCGUGCUUCUAUCACUACUUGUCUUGGUGAUACUGAAAGCUCUGCCUAUAGUCGCGAUGUCUUGGCCUGUUAUUGGAAAGAAGGAAUGUCAUUCAGCCCCAACUGCUUUAUUCACAAUUUGCUUGUCACUUUUAGAAAUCUGUUAGUUCGUACAACCACUCAAAUCAAGGAAGACGCAUUUGAGAGACAACACAAGUCUUAUUUGCCGCAUGCUAUUCAAAAGUCUUGGUCUACACUAUUACAACAGCCAAUGCCUAUUUUGGAGCAAGAGAAAUUAGCGUCUUUAACACAAAGUUUAAAACAUAUCUAUCAAAUGAGUAUGGAGUAUUUUGAGGACUCACAGCGAUAUGCAGAAAAGAGUAUUCUGGAAGGUAAAAAAUGGUCUCCGGAUGCUUAUAUUCAAGAAAUUAUGGGAACAAGCUUGCACGUUGCUACCUUAACAUCUAUUUAUUUGCAGCAAGUGGAUGAUACACUUGUUGAUCAUAUUACUGCUUGUCUGUUUGAUGUGCCACAAAUUGCAGAGUCUUGGGUUCAUAUCGCCUCUUUAGAUGCUGCUGUACUUCUCGCUAUAAACUUUCCAAAGUUAAACGCACAUAUGACAAACACCAUAUGUCGAUUUCUAGCCACACCUUCACCUGUAUUUGAACUUCAAAUAGAGCAACACCCUAAUCGUUAUGUCAGUGUGCAACAAUACGCAAUUGUACGAUUAGCACAGUGUGUACAAACAAAAUCUCAAAUACAAGCAGCAAUCUCUACCAUUUAUGCUUUAUUAAAUGAAAUCACACGAUACACCAAAGAUGGUUCUGGGGGUGAAAUGAAUGGUAUUCCUGGAGCGCCUUUUCUGGAGCAAUUAAAUGAAAUACAAAAGCAACAAGUGUGCGCCAAUGUACUUUCUGCUAUUGUAGGCGUUGCUGUCUAUCUCAAAGAUGAUCACAUCAUUUCUCAAGCCUUCUCUAUGCUCUCUCUUCGUCGAAAGACCCUAAGUCCUGCCGCCACUGCUUCUCUUAUCAUGCGCUUGGUAGAUCUUGCACUUGUCAGUCCCAAAGAAACUUUUUGCGAGAUUAUUGAUUUAUUUGCUGCAUUGAGUAAAGAAUCUCUUCACAAUGAAAACAAUACACUUAACACAGCCAUUCUCAAUGCUCAACUUGACUUAUCAAAACGACUUUCUUCCCGUCCUGAGUACUAUCAGCUUUAUCUCCAUAGCCUCCUUAGUACUUUUAUUGAUAGUGGCAACAGCAUUCAACGCAUCAUGAGCAAGAACAAGAAAGAAAAUGAAUAUCCCUUGGCUCAAAAGCUUGGUAAUCUGCUGCCUGUCAUUAGUGGGUUAUUAGAACAUGAUGAUUUUAAUCCACAUCUUGACUCGAACGAAGAAACCGUGUCUUUGUUCCGUAAUGCUUGGUUUCAUUGUGUCUUAUUUGGCUUUGUUACUGAAUCUAUGUGGUUAAGAGAAUGGCAUCCAUCGAUGCUACGAUUGGCACAAAAGACAUCUGUACUUGUAAGUACUACAGCCAAUUACCUCGAAAGUGAUUUAGAACACAACUCUGUCUUGCGCGCCAGUAAUAUUACUGAACAUGGUCUUGCUCCUAUGCGUCAAAAACUUACUAGCUAUUUACCUAACUUGGCAUAUGAUAUCAAGAACUUUUCAUUUGCUCAAGUUAUUUUUGGACUUGCUGUAUAUCAUGUUGAAAUGAUGCGUAGUCGAAUGGGCGAUUGUUCAUAUAUCUUGCGUUAUUUUAUGAAUGACGGGGUCAAUACAAGUGCAUUGGUGAAUUGCUUGGAGACUAUUGCUAAUCGUGUGACUCAAACAUUUGUCAAAGAUGCUUCUGCUAAAGCUUUGAGUCAAACGUUAGACAAACAGCUUGUGAAGCAAACAGCCACCCUAUUGGAAUUAUGCUGUCAUAAGCGCAAAAAGGUGCACUUGAUGGCCAUCAAAACUGUGGAACGCAUUGUAAACUCAUUUGCGCAAGUGUUUACUGAUAGUUCACUACUUAUUUUGCUAUUGGAACUUGUGCAAUUGACUUGGUUGAGUUGUGAAGCUGAAUACCGUGAUGAAUACUCUCCUGUAUUUCAUUUCACUUCGACUCUAGUAGGAGUUACUAUUGAAUUAGGAGAUGAUUAUAACUACCGUAAAGAAGUAUGUACGUCUUUAUACGAAAAUGCUCGUAAAUGGUUGAAUGCUGCACUUGUGCGUGCUCCUAUUGAAGUUGCUGGCUUAUUGCAAGACUAUAUAGCUAAACUUAAUCGAUUCUCUAACCAAGGCCUUUCAGACGCUGUGCAUAUGGGUUGCUCUUUGGCUCUUGACAUAGGCAAAUCACCAUCCAAACACGAAUUAGCUAUAGACUCUAAGCCUCAAGUAUCUCCCGUCUUACCUGAUGAAUCCUCUGCUUUUAUUGGUAACUUUAGAUUACGCCAGUUCCAUUCAGGUGAAAUAAGUGGCAUCGAAUACCUGAUUAACUUGCGUGCACAAGCCUUUGAAGACGAAUCUGACAAUUGCCUCAGUCAUCAAAUCCCUUUUGUACUUGAGGCACUCAGUAAACUCUCUCAAGAUAUUUUAGAACACAAGCCCAGUGCAACUGUAGAACGUCUCUAUCGUGUCAUGCAUCGUUCAGCUGGAUAUGCUAUUGCUUUACCCAAAAUCAAUGCUGAAAUUGUUCGAUACUUGGUACAUAUUCCAGUUUUGAUGUUUACCCCUGAAUCCUUGGAUAUUGGUACUACUGUUUGGAAUUGGAUGUUGAUUGAACGGCCUGAGAUUGAAGACAGACUUAUGAUUGAAAUCAUGAGUAAGUGGGUAUGGGCCCAGCGUCAUCGUAGAGGAUUGUUUUCCCCUCUUUUAAACGUCAAGCAUCCAUUUGUCGGAAAAAUGACCUAUACUCCUUCUGACAAGGCUAUUCGUGACAGUAAUCAUCGCAUUGCCAUGUUUCUAUUUACACCACACGUUACAUGGAUCAAAUUCUUAAGUAGUCGUUUCUAUUCUAUUCGACAUCGAAGCAAACAUCUUGUGAAUGCAUUUAUUGAAUUAUUACAGACUACUUUCCAAAAUGCCUCAUUGAUGAGCACGCAUUCACUUGCACGUUAUGCUCGAUUCUCUCUACUCAGACUAGGUCUAAAGGUCCUUCAGUCUACUCGUUUAGAAGCAUUGGCCGAGUACAAUUUACGAUCUUUAGUCUAUGAAGCUGCUUUUGAUUGGUUUUCUCAAACUCCUAAAUGGCAUUAUGGUGCUCGCAAGAGUCUAGCACUGAUGGAACACAAGUUAAUGAAUGAAUUCUAUAAUGCUGUGCUGAAUGAUGCGCCCAGUUUAAGCUAUUCUAUAUCAUGUAGUUCUAUUAAGAGCUCAGGCACUAAAAAUGCUACAGAUCACUACAUGUUCUUAAAAGAUAAAACAAAAGAUGAAGCUAUCAAACAUCACAAUCGCGCCCACCGUCUUUUACUUUUGUUUAUUGAAAGUGAAUUGACCAAACUCUCAGUUUGGUGCAAUCCUUUAAACACUAUAGGUGCAGGCAAUCCGAUUAAUUUCAGCGGCAGUACCGAAAAGUCUUUGGUAACAGAUGAAUCCUGGAAAGAAAUCAUUCGAUUUGCAUGGAUUAUUUCUCCUAAAUUAGCUGUUCAAAUGGAUGUACGCUUUGUUCAGCCUAUUGUUAGAAAAGAAUUGCAUCGCUUGAUUGCCAAUAAUUCAUUGGAAGUCGUGGAUGUACCUGAAGCACUUGUUAUCUUAUUAGGUGAGGGAAUUUCGCCUCUUGCUAAACUAGAUCUCAAGUACUUGCAAUAUUGGGCGCCUGUGCCCGCUAUCACAGCCACUACUUACUUUUUACCUGCUUAUGGUAACCACCCAUUGGUUCUUCAAUAUGCUAUGCGUAGUCUAGAAUACCAUCCUAUUGAAACCGUUUUUUUCUAUGUACCUCAAAUUGUACAAGCAUUACGCUACGAUACUCUGGGAUACGUAGAGCGCUACAUUUUAGAAGCUGCACAGACAUCUCAGUUGUUUGCACAUCAAAUCAUUUGGAACAUGAAGGCUAAUUUUUUUGUGGAUGCAGACAAAGAGUGUAUCAAACCUGAUGCAUUGAAACCUACUCUGGAAAGAAUUAUCGAUACCAUGGUCAGCUCAUUCACAGGAGAAGACAGAGCAUUUUAUGAGCGUGAAUUCAAGUUCUUUGGUGAUGUUACUGCUAUUUCUGGCUAUUUGAAGGAAUAUAUCAAAUUUGGUCAGAACGAAAAGAAACCACUUCAAAAGAAACGGUUAGAUGAAGAACUUGCUAAAAUCAAGGUUGAUGUAGGCGUCUAUCUUCCUAGUAAUCCUGAUGGCCAUGUUAUCAAUAUCAAUCGUACUUCAGGACGCCCAUUGCAAAGUCAUGCUAAGGCGCCUUUUAUGGCUACUUUCUUGAUUGAAAAAGAAGAGGAAGAUAUGAAUGAAAUCAGCAAUGCAAUCAUUCAAUCUGGUCAAGACAUACAUAAGAAAAAGACAAUGCAACUAUGGCAAGGUGCUAUCUUCAAAGUCGGUGAUGAUUGUCGUCAAGAUGUGCUUGCUCUUCAAUUGAUUGCUGUGUUUAAGAAUAUCUUUACCAGUGUUGGCCUUGAUCUGUAUGUCUAUCCCUACCGUGUUGUUGCCACUGCGCCUGGUCGUGGUGUGAUUGACGUGAUUCCUCGGUCCAUUUCUCGAGAUCAAUUAGGACGUGAAAAAGUCAAUAGUCUAUAUGAUUAUUUUGUGGCGAAAUAUGGUGGCCCUGAAUCCAUUCACUUCCAGCGCGCUCGUAUUAAUUUUGUACAGAGUGUCGCCGCUUACUCUGUCAUUUCUUACUUGCUCCAAAUCAAGGAUCGUCAUAAUGGUAAUAUCAUGUUGGAUGAUGAUGGCCAUAUUAUUCAUAUUGAUUUUGGCUUUAUCUUUGAUAUUGCACCUGGUGGCAUUGGUUUUGAAAGCUCUCCCUUCAAAUUGACAGCUGAAAUGAUUCAAGUGAUGGGCGGUGGAUCAGAAGAACAAGCAUUUAAACAAUUUUCUGAAUUAGUGAUCAAAGCUUACUUGGCUGUGCGUCCUUAUGCAGAACUGAUUAUGCAGCUAGUGACACUUAUGCUUCAAUCAGGCUUGCCUUGUUUCAAAGGAGAGACAAUUAAGCGUAUGCGUACUCGAUUCCAAAUAGACAAGCCAGACAGAAUUGCUGCUGAUUUCAUGCUUAUGCGAAUCAAAGACUCCUUUGCAAACCAAAGAACAGUCUUGUAUGAUUACUUUCAAAAACUUACAAAUGGUAUUCCCUAUUAA